UCACCACCACCUCCACAACCACCUCUCCGCCCCAACCGCCGCCAUGGUCCGCAAACUGAAGCACCACGAGCAGAAGCUUCUGCGCAAAGUCGACUUCACCACCUACAAAUCCGACAACAACCACCGCGACGCAGCCGUCAUCCGCCGCUACGCCAUCCAACAACCCAGCGACUACACCAAGUACAACCGCAUCUGCGGCUCGCUGCGGCAGCUGGCGCACAAGCUGGCGGAGCUGGACCCGGCCGACCCCUUCCGCGUCAAGCACGAGAAGCUGCUGCUGGAGAAGCUCGAGGACCUCGGCAUUCUCGGCUCGGGCGAGGGCUCGCGCAAGCUCAGCGACGUCGAGCGCAGGGUCACUGUGUCUGCGUUUGCGCGCAGGCGCUUGGGCGUCGUCAUGACGCGCCUGCGUAUGGCCGAUACCGUGCAGGCGGCCAUCAAGUUUAUUGAGCAGGGCCAUGUGCGCGUCGGCCCGGAGGUGGUGACGGAUCCCGCGUUUUUAGUGUCGAGGAACCUCGAGGACUUUGUCACCUGGGUCGACUCGUCCAAGAUCAAGCGCAACAUCCUCAAGUACCGCGACCAGCUCGACGACUUCGACCUCGACAUGGCGUAGACGCUGCUGUUGUUGUUAUCUGUUAUCUACCUAUAUACCGGCGUUGUUGGAUCUGCAUUUACGGGCGUCAGGGCGCUGCUCACGGGAAGAAAGGCUCACCAGCCAAUCGUCGGAGGAACGAAGGAAGAAGGGAAGGAAGAGGGAAAAAAGAAGAAGAUCACCAUCAAGCAUCUCGAUACCAAUCAAUCAAUCAACACCGUUUCAUUUGCACCACCACCACCCUACCCCCUCCCCCGAAAAAAUCCCCCCAACUCUCCCUUCACACCUUCAACCC